AUGUUCACCUAUGAGUACGUGCCAUCUUUUUGUUCCAAAUGCAAAAAGAUCGGUCACAAGGAGGAAGAAUGUCGCAAGGGCAAAGCUUUUCCACCUGCGCAAGUUGUGAAAAAUCCUAGCCAAGAAAAACAGCCGCAGAAGGAUGUGAAGGGUCAAGGCAUUCUGAUUAAGAAGUCUGCCAAGUGGAAUUCAAAGCCAUCUACUACUGUGGCAACCGUAGAGCCAAAAAGUGUGCAAAUUGAAGGGGAUUCGUACUCGUCAAGGUUAACGCUUGAGGAGAAAAGUCUAAUUCCGGUUGAUGUGACAAAUGAUUCUAGCCCUUCGACUGAUGUGCCUCAGAAAAUUCUAGCCCUUCGACUGAUGUGCAAAACGAGGGUAAUGUUUAGGAGCGUAAACAAUAAAUUUCAACCCCUGGCUGAAAUUGUAACGGUUGAAGAAGCAAAUCAUACCGAGGAUGAAAGUGAAGAGUCUAAGCAGCCUGAUGAGGAAGCCACUAAUGCUGUAAACGAACAGUCUGCAAAGCAGAAUCUAUUGGCAAGAAGUCUGAUCCAAUGCUCUGGUCGAGUCGUCCAUUAUGCGUCUGAUGAAGAACCUGGUACUAAAACAGGUGGUUUAUUUGAAGAGGAGGAAGUAGAAGGAGGGGGUGUGAAAAAUAAAGUGGCAGAGCUGCGAUUGAGGUCUUUGAUUCAAACGCAUUCUGUGUCUUCUCUGAUUAUUCUUGAACCAAUGCUAGAAGUUGACCAGCUUGAUGAUUUUCGACGGAUUUUGAGAUUUGACCAUGCUUUCUCAUCCUCUUCCAGCAAAAUAUGGGUCUUCUGUAAAAAUGGCUUUGUGUUAUCUUUAUUGGCAGAUAAGGGACAGGUUCUGCAUUUUGAAGCUAAGCAUCCGCUUGUUGAUGGUUCCUUCUAUGUUUCUGCAGUAUAUGCAAAAUCAAGUAGAAGAGAAAGGCAGCAAUUGUGGGCAGGUUUGAAGGCCUUUAAUGAUGAUCAUGCUGGAAGAAAGUGGAUGGUUGUUAGUGAUUUUAAUGCCAUUAGAUGUCUCGAUGAAUAUUCUGGCACAGUAAUCCAAAAUCGGGGCACAAUGGAUGACUUCAAUGGUUGUAUUAGUGACUGUAAUCUUUCUGAAAUUCAGGCUUUUGGGGAAGAAUUCACCUGGGGAGGAUCACGGCAGAAUGGCUAG